AAAGUGAUGAGACUCGAGUGGCGGACGAUUGGCUUCCCACAAGGCAAUACAAAAGAGAAGAAUGUUAGUUCUUCGCACUCCCACCGGACCUGUCUCCGCCGUCAGAUUCAUCACCAAAACCAAUCCUUCCUCUUUCUCUUCUUCCGACUCAUGCCUCGUCUCCGCUCCCACCACUCUCCGGCGACGACGCGUCGUCCUCGCUCUCUCUAACCCUGACGGAACCGUCAAGUCCAAACCCACCACUACGACCUCAUCUUCUCAAAUCCCUUCUUCAGGAGAUGACACAGUUUUCGUGGGUCAAGAGGAUGUUCCUUUAGAGGGUGUGAUUCAAUUUGAUAAGCCAUCAUCUUCGACUUCAUCUUCUAACAUUACUAAAUGGGGACGUGUUGCGUUACUUGCUGGUGGAGAUGUAUUGGCUUUGCUUAUGUUCUCUGCUAUUGGGAGAUUUAGCCAUGGGUUCAAUGUUUUUUCUAUUGAUACUCUUCAUACAGCUGAUCCUUUUAUUGCUGGAUGGUUUCUGAGUGCGUAUUUCUUGGGAGGGUAUGCGGAGGAAGGGAGAGGGAUGAAGGGUCGGUCUAAAGCUGUGGUUGCAGCUGCGAAAUCGUGGAUUCUUGGUGUUCCGCUUGGAAUAGUCAUUAGGUCAGCUUCAUCGGGUCACAUCCCGGCUUCUAGCUUUGUGUUGGUUACAAUGGGAAGUACUGCUGUUUUACUUAUCGGAUGGAGAACGCUGUUAUUCAGUGUGCUUCCUACACAGUCCAAGAAGAAAGAUGAUACGUAUCGGAAGGGCAGUGCAUUCGAACUAUUUGAGUUGCUUACUUCAUUGAUAAGACGGUGGUGAAGGAGCAUCAACGUGCGGGCGGAUGGAGGUUACCAUACAAGAAGCACAAAUUGUAGAUUUAGGUUGGCACAGCCGCCAAAAAGAUCAUAAAUAUAUGAGUGUUGAAAAAUUCGGAGACCAACUGUAAUAUCGAUAUAGUUGCAAUGCGGAAUUCGUCGAUAUUGAAUACCUUAUUGACUUUGCGACUACUAUGCGACUACUAAUAGCAA